AUGACAUUAAUAGCACAACCUUUCAAAACAUUGAAGCUUUUUAUAGUGGCUGUUGUUCAGUAUAUAAGCAGAUCACUGCAUGUUGAAGAGCUUCUUGAAUAUGCAAGGUUUGGACUGUGGUGGGUAGCUCUUGGUGUUGGGUCUGGGCUACACACUUUUGUUCUAUAUCUGGGUCCCCACAUUCCUUUCUUCACAAUAAAAGCAAUGCAGUGUCGUCGGGUGGAUCUUAAAAGUGCUGUUGAUGAUACAAUAAAGUUAAAUAGAAGCCCUACAUGGCUUCAAAAGGAUUGUUCAAAGUUUGGGCCUCCAUUGUUUUUUUAUCCUCUCAAGGUGUUCAGGUUCCACUCAGCAGCAUUUUGCCUCAAGUACAAGUAG